GUGAGAGAGUCCAGGAGACGCGCUUUCUGGUGAAGCUGCAACAGUGGCAGGUGGGUAAUAAGAUAGAAGCAGGGAGGAAGGAAGAGGAUGAAUUCAUUAAGCAGGAAGAAAAAAACUGAGAAAUUUCCAAAAGGAAAGGGAAAAAAAUAGUUCUUUUUGUUCUCUCCUCUCUCUCAUCUACUAUUCUCUUCCUAGAUCUCCAAAUCUACUCUCCCUCAUUCCUUGCUUCCUCCUCUGUUGUCACGAGAUCCCCAUCAAAAAAUAUAUAAGAAAAGAUCCCAACUUUUGGGCUUCUACUCAUGUCUGCCGCUCCUCUUCCACCUCGCGAGAUCCAAUCUUUCCCACCUCCGUCGGCCCCGUCCUCCUUCUAGCACUCGCUUUUCCGACAAAGAUCGAGUCUUUGGAGCUGUUGGACGGCGUCGGAAUCAUAAAUGUCGUUCCUUUCCGCCGGCGAAACCCGGAAGUCGACUGUUUCGCCGCUCCCGGCGGUGGCCACCUCCAGCUCCUCCGACACGGCCUCCGCCAAGGCAAACGCCCCUGAAAGAUCGGAUCUUGGCCUCGCCGGGAGGCGAUCCCGUUCCGGGGAGAUCUUGCUGGGUCCCAAUGAGCCCAUCCCCGGUGCUAUGGAAGCCAAGAGUUCGAAGCCGAGUCACCGCCGCUCGGGCUCUGUCCCCGUCUUAUAUUCCGGCGGCAGCUUCUCCUCCGGUUCCACGGGCGGCUCCGGUUCCAGCAGCAGCACCUCCAGCUCUCCAGCGACCAAUGUGAUGCCUGCCGGGAACAUAUGCCCUUCGGGAAGGAUCGUUAAAACUGGCAUGAUGACCCGAAGCAACGCAAGGACCGACGUGCUGGGCUCCGGCACCGGCAAUUAUGGCCACGGAAGCAUAGUGAGAGGUGGCGCUAUUGCUUCUAACCGAAGCGGCAAACCUCCGGAGACUGUGGCGUACAAUGGAGUGAGUUCGGCAGUGGCAAAGGCAUUAUCCAGCAUGGAUCCGGAGGAGGUGAAGAAGGUAGGGAAUGAGCAUUACAGGAGAGGGCAAUUUGCGGAGGCCUUGAAGCUCUACGACAGGGUGAUAAGUAUGUGCCCAGACAAUGCUGUCUGCCGGAGCAACCGGGCCGCCGCGCUGACAGGUCUGCAGAGGUUUGGGGAAGCAGUGACAGAGUGCGAAGAAGCCCUACGGUUGGAUCCCGCAUUCGGCCGAGCUCACCAGAGGCUGGCUUCCCUCCUCCUAAGGUUAGGACAAGUUGAGAAUGCUCGAAAACAUCUCUUUUUGGCUGGUCCAAAACCAGAUCCACUCGAAUUGCAGAAGCUGCAAGAAGUCGAGAAGCAUUUGGAACGAUCCGCAAAUGCGCGAAAUGUGGGAGAUUGGAAGAGCAUGUUAUCAGAAACUAAUGCUGCCAUUGCUCAUGGGGCAGAUUCUUCUUCUCUGCUCAUGGCUUCGAAAGCUGAGGCACAUCUACGGCUCCAUCAGCUCCAAGAUGCUGAAUUGGCAUUAUCCAAUGCAUUGAAACUUGACAGUUCAUCUUCGCCUCACUCAAGUGCCAAGUUCUUCGGUAUGGUAUCGAAUUCCUACAUGUAUGUUGUGCGUGCGCAAGUUGAACUAGCUCGAGGAAGGUUUGAAGAUUCAGUUGCAGAGGCUGAGAAAGCCAGGCAGAUUGAUCCAAGUAACAUAGAGGUGUCGACGUUGCUGAAUGACAUUAGGAUCGUAUCGCGAUCACGAGCAUCAGGAAACGAAUUCUUCAAUUCAGGGAAAUUCCUUGAAGCGAGCUUAGCAUAUGAGGAAGGGCUUAAUCACGCGCCUAUUUCAAAUGCUAUCCUUCACAGCAACAGAGCUGCUUGUAUGUCAAAGCUUGGACAGUGGGAGAAGUCUAUUGAGGAUUGCAAUGAAGCCCUCAGGAUCCAACCAAACUACACGAAAGCUCUUCUUCGUCGCGCAGCAUCAUUUGCCGAGCUUGAGCAGUGGAAUCAAGCUGAGAGGGAUUAUGAGGUUCUAAGAAAGGAAAUGCCCGGUGAUACUGAGGUGGUCGAAGCACUCUCUCGCGUGCAAAUUGCUCUCAGAGCCUCUCGAGUUAAGGAUGUUUCAGAUCUUAAGUUCUCAAUGGAGAUCAAGGAAAUUAGGGGACCUGAACAUUUUCAAGCAGCCAUAACUUCACCAGGAGUUUCUGUUAUCCAUUUUACGACGGCAAUGAACCCUAACUGCGACAAGAUCACUCCGUUCAUCAAUACAAUGUGUACCAGAUACCCUUCUGUGAAGUUUCUGAAGGUCGACAUGAACACGAUCCCAACACUCGCAAAGACUGAGAAUGUGAGGGCAGUCCCUACUUUGAAGAUAUACAAGAAUGGAGCAAAAGUGAAGGAGAUCGUUAACCCUAACCAGCAAGUUUUGGAGUAUACAUUAAAGCACUACACUUAGUAUCAGCAAGAAAAUCUAUAACAAAACUAUUAUUUUCUUUAUAUAUCUAUUCUACUUUAUUUGGCAUAUUUACCUCUCAUUCAUAAUAUUCUUUCCAAGGUUUCAAUUAGACCAUUUAGUUCAAUCCAUGGUGAAGCACAGCAUCUACUUCAGUAACAUUAAAUUUGUGUUCAUGUUGCUACUUGGAAUUAAAUUGUUGCAAACAUAAUUAUGAAGUCAAAUUUUGUAUCCUUCGUUGCA